AUGUCAGGCCUCGCCAAGCCCAUACCGGCCCUGUAUGCUGUCUACGUUCUGCGGUCUACCGUGAGGCAUGCAUCGAUCUACGUCGGAUCCACGCCAAAUCCGCCCAGGCGGCUCAGGCAACACAACGGCGAGGCCAAGGGCGGCGCGGUGCGCACGUCACGCGAUUCGCUCCGGCCCUGGGAGAUGGCCAUUGUGGUCUCUGGAUUCCCGAGCUCGAUAGCAGCUUUGAAGUUUGAAUGGGCCCUCAACAAUCCGCAUCUCACAACUCAUAUACCAAAGGACGAACGCAUCACGGUGGCUACGCAGCGGAAGAAAAGUGGCAUGCCCAAGCGAAGCCCGCAUACCCUCAAGUCCAUUGUUUCGAACCUUCACCUCCUUACCCGGGUGCCGAGCUUUUCACGAUGGCCGCUCAACUUGCAUUUCUUUACUCCGGACGCUCACAAAGCAUGGGACCACUGGACAAAGGCGAGCAAGAUUCCCGUGUCUUCGAGCUUGAGGAUUUUGACCGACUUUGGUUCAUCUGCGGGUGACUCGUCGACGACUUCCUAUGGGAUUCACGCCUUACCGCUGGAUUACUCUUCGAUGCAGGAGUACAUUGAGAAGACGCACAACGUGGUUUCUUUCGAGAGGCAAGGACGGUGUGUCCAUUGCAACGCAGAGAUGCAGCCUGAUGAAGGAUUGUACGCAAUGUGCCCCAACGAGGGCUGCGAGGCCAUGGGGCACAUCGACUGCUGGAGCAGGCAUGCCCUGGCCAGCGAUGAUCCAGGGGCCGUGAUACCGAAUAGGUGUAAAUGCCCUUCGUGCCGCGGCGAGAUACGCUGGGGGGACAUGAUGAAGGAGCUGAGCUUGCGGACGCGGGGGGCUGGUGAGGUGGAGAAGCUGCUGAGGAAGAGGAAGCGGGCGAAGAAGGACUCGUAA